UCAUAGACUACUCCCUCCUGUGUGCACCACUCAUUCCGCUACCCAUUGAAGUAGUAAACGUAUCGAUUAAGAGCCCAGAAAGAGAGAAUGUCUAAGACCACCACCACCAUCACCACCCUUAUUGUCUUGGUAGUAGCUCUUCUGCUCUUCGCCUCUCUAACAUAUGCCGCUCGGCCAGACUCUGUUCUUCCCAACCACAAUUCUCCCGUGGAAACAAAAAAUGUGGAUCCAGAAGCAAACAAUGCCGCUCACGAGGUUGAUAGUUGUAAAGGUCUUGGGGAGGAGGAAUGCUUGAUGACAAGGUCCCUUGACGCUCAUACUGAUUAUAUCUACACACAGGAUAUCAAUCCAUGAUCAUCAUCUUCUUCUUCUCUUCUUUCCAUCCUUCUCUCUCACCUCCCUAAUGACCUAUAUAUGGUGGAUCUGUUAUGACUUAUAACUGUUAUUAACGUAUAGUAUAAUUCAGUUGGUGAUUCCUUAGCUUUAUUUCAGGUGUUCAAGAAUUGUCAAGGGCUAUUGAAUGUAUUGUACGAGUUAGAAGA